AUGCCAAUGACUACUAGUUCUUCGAGGAUGCUCGGUCGAGUCGGUCCUGAGGCUAUUGCAGAAAAUUUGUAUAGUUCACACCGGCGUGGACAUUACCUUCAGUCUAAUCACUACCAUCAAUUGCAGUCCAUCAGUGCGGCGUCCUUCUCGGCAUCAAACGAUUUGGCGAAUUUAACAGACUUCAGCAGGACAGUUGGUAUGAUGCGACAGGCACCUAUUGGACAAUCGACUUUUGCAGUGACUGCUGUCAGCGAUCGAGUGUCUGGUGGUAUUUUUCCCUCAAUGACUUCUGAAUCAACUGCUAGUUCCGAAUUGCAUGGUUCGGUUGGUGGCUUGCUGGGUAGGCUUUCCUUUUUUCAUUGGAUAAUUUGUCUGUGUUCGAAAACGGAAUGGUUUAGCCGUUCACCUUUUGCUUGA